UGGGAGACGCAGGGGUGGAACCACGGAAGGUCUGCAUACGAGUCACAGACACAACGUCAUGGAGGGAGAAGACGGUUCGGGGUCCGCAAGGCCUGGAAUACGCAAUUCAGUAUCUGGUUCUGACGCUCGGAAGAAUCGUCGGAACGGUGGAGUCCUAAUGCGACCAAGUACCAUACUGAGGGUACAGAAGGGACCUACUCGUAAAUUCUGCUUGGAAGCCCUCAUCGUUGCUCUGAACGAGACGUGCGACGGGAAGAGUUGGUACACGUCGACGAAGGAGCUGCAGCUGGCGUCCUUGGAUUUCUGCAUCGCGUGCAGGAACUGCCAGACUGUGCACUUGAAUGUCGACGAACAAAUUCCACGCAGGCUGCUGGCCAGUGCGGAUGCUCCUCCACCGCACCCCAAACGGUUAUGUUGGACGCGCGUGCCACGGCUUAGAAGUCGCCGAGUGACAUGGAACAUGCCGACAGCAGCGAAAUUGAGAACCCCUAUAUUUGCAAUGACCGACAUGGAGUACCUGGAGUUCGGCGAUGCCUUCGGAGACAGUCUCGAGGCUGUGCCAUGGCCGGAACACCUGAGAACGAUGGAGUUUCACCAUGAUUCACCGUUUGACCAAACUAUCGAACUUGUACAAUGGCCGCCAUUUCUGCAGAAUGUCACUUUCGGAGGAGAUUUCAACCAACCGAUCGAACGUGUCAAGUUUCCGGCAUCGCUGCAGCAGCUCAUAUUCCGCACGUCAAGUUCGCGUUUUGACCAACCCAUUGCCGAAGUGGUUCUGCCGGCUUCACUGCAGCUGCUUGAGUUGGGGGGAGACUUCAACCAGCCGAGCGAAGAUGUAGUGUGGCCGGCAUCGCUGCAGCAGCUGACGUUUGGGAACAGAUUAAACCAUCCUAUUGAGGGCACUGUGUGGCCAGAUUCGCUUCAGACGCUCGUUGUCGGAGUUGAUUUCAAUCAACCAGUAGACAACGUGAGGUGGCCGGCGUCGUUGCAAGAACUGACGUUUGGAUGGUGCGAUGAAUUUGCCGGCAAUGGGAUGGUGAUAUUCGCGAACUUUGAUCAACCCAUCGGUAGCAGUGUCGGGCCUGCCUUGCUUCGGCGACUUGUACUAGGCCACAUGUUCAGGCAGUCACUGCAAGGACUGGGCACUUGGAUGCCCAAUCUUGAAGUACUUCAUCUCCUUCAUUACCAUGGUUCUGGUUUAGGUGACAGUAACUUUCUCCGCGAAAUCGAAUGGCCGAAGGGCCUUCGUCAUCUGACCCUGUUGGAAGGCACGAGCAUAGAUGGAGUGGAUAUCCCUCUUGCUGUGCAGGUCUUGUUCGCGUACAACGAGUGUUGGUGAUGGCGGCUGUGUCGACAGAGUAGCGUUGAAAUUGGAUGGUUGAGUGGGGGACUGCCGGUUCUACACAUCGCUGUAGCCACACAUUAUGCGAGGAACGUUCUGUAGACUAAGCAUGUUGUUCGUGGACGGUGCAUUGCGCCGAGCGUAUUCUUUGCGGAUAUACAGUGCAUUAGCCAGAGGAGUUGUGGUACAAAGGGAGAAUUGCGCUGGUCCGUUUUCCGAAUUUAUUUAUGUUCUGCAGUUAUGCGUUGAUGGGGC